AUGAGUGUGACCCCUCAGCCUGGGAGAGGAUCUGGCAGGGCUGAGAACAGGAUGCUUCACUCGCUUUAUACCCCUCCCUCCAGCGCUAGGAGGCAGAGGCAGGAAGUGACCUGGGAUGGGGUGGCCUCCACCAAAGCAGUGUGUUGUAACCCUUGUUGGCCGUGCUGUCCACAGCUGUUCCCUCUGGCACCCAGGCAGGUGCCUUCGAACCCCUCUCCCCGCCCCUGCCUGGCUCCUGCCUGGCUCCUCCACGCUUGGCUGCAGGCCACGGCCCACCCCUGUACCAGGCCCCAUCCCACCCCUGUGCCAGGCCCCAGGCAUCCCAGCCCUGUCCAUGGGGAGCAGAGGCUUCCCCGCCCAGCCCUGGCCAUGACUCAGGCUUGGACAGCCCUCCUGGCAUUCCUGCCUUCACGGGGUGGGGAGCAGGAGGGGCCAGGUGGUGACAUCAGAGUGGGGUACGAAAGCUGCAGCAGAACGGAGCUAAGUGGGAAGCUGACCUGACUGCGUUGCCGCUGCAGCUGCUCCACCUGCAACCCACGGAUUCCCCUCGUCAAGGCACCUGCUGGCUCCAUGCCGGGCUCUCCCUGGCUCCUGUGGCUCCUGGCCUGGAUCCUCGCCUUGGUUCCCGGGGCACAGCCGGCGGCCCCCCAGGACCCUGAAGAGGACCCCGAGGCCACACCUGAGCUGCCUGUGCCCUGUGACUACGACCGUUGCCGCCACCUGCAGGUGCCGUGUGAGGAGCUGCAGCGGGCCGGGCCGGCGGCCUGCCUGUGUCCUGGGCUGUCGAGCCCAUCGCAGCCCCCCGCCGCGCCGCGCCUGGGCGAGGUGCGCGUGCUGGCCGAGAAAGGCUGCGCGAAGGUGCACUGGUGCGCGCCAGCCUCGCCCGUGCACCACUACCAGCUCCUGCUCUGGGAGGCCGCCGGGGCCCCGCGCAGGGGGCCCCCCCUCAAUAACACUGUCCGAAGAACCGAGCUGGGGGGGCUGCGGCCCGGGGGCACCUAUGUGCUCUGUGUGGUGGCCGCCAACGAGGCCGGGGAGAGCCCGGCUCCCGGGCUGGCGGGUGAGGACCCUGACGCGGCGGUUUCCCCCACCUUCGGGCCCUGUGGCCGGUUCUCAGUGCCCCCCAGGCCCGGCACCUUGGUGCACGCAGCCAUUGGGGUGGGUACCACCCUGGCCCUGUUGAGCUGUGCCACCCUGGUCUGGCAUUUCCACCUGCGCCAGCACUGGGGCUGCCCGAGACACCACCAAGCCACUGCCUGACCUCUUUGGGGCAGGCGGGAGCUGGGCUCUGCCCAGAGGGCUGGGGAUCCCAGAAGCAGCUGGGCUAUAGAGAGGCGGGGGACGUCCAGUGGUCAGGGAGGCUCUGCGUGUGUGAGGGGAGAACCUUAACCCCUGGGCACUGCAGCCCCACCACCAGUUCCUUGGCUGCAGCCAGCCAAACUGUCAUGCCCAUCGCCUCUGCCGCUCUGGCAGCUCCAGGGGGACUUUGAGAAAGGCUGGGGUGCUGGGCCCCCUACUUCUGUAGUUACCAGGGCUGAGAAGACCCACAUUAGAGUCUGCCUGGCCCUAGGAGGGGUGGAGAAGGGGGCAAGUUUGUCUCCUUGCUGUUUAAAACAAAAGAAAGCAGUAAUCCCUAGUGGGGGGGUAUGAAAAGAAUUAAGGUGGUAAUGUACAGGGACCAGCUCCCCACAUGAAUGUAGUUCUUACUGCAAACUUGGACUAGAAAGAAUAAAAAUUAGUAACAGUUACUGUACAAAGCA